AUACAUUUACUGUAAAAUAUACAGUCAUUUUCACAAAAACAUACUGCAUAACUGUUCUACAGUAAAAUACGGUUCAUAUUACAGUUAAAAACUGUGCAAUUUACAAAAAUCGUUUACAGUGUUAAGAAACAGGAUGACCUGCCAUGAUCCCAAUUGUAACCCCAGUGUCAGUGUGUGUCUGUCUGUGCCGCUAUGGGUGGAAACUCAGUGACGCACUCCGCUGCUGAGUGUGUGUGUCUUGUUUGUUCACAAUGAUAGUUUUUGUUGUUAGAACAAAAGCCAUUAUGCUCAUCACAAGUGCUUCUUUUUCUGACCACAAAACCUCAAACACACAUGAAACCGCACACUCACACUCACACACCCCAAACCUCACCCUGACACCAGGCUGCUCAGAAUAGAGAGAGAGAGAGGGAAAGGAGAGAAAGACGCGAGGGAGGGAGAGGAGCAGCUUAAGCGAUGCGUUUUUUUCUUCCUUGAGGUGGACACUGGAGUGUAUCUGAAGAAAGAAAGCCAAAUUACCUCCCUCAAUUUGCACAGCAGCCUCUCUGGAGUGAGCGAACGAGCGUCUGCGUGGGUUCGACUCAGCAGUGUCAAUGUUUCCAGUGAAACAGCCGUGGUUGUGUAAAGCUCUAGGUUGCUAUGACUGCUGCAUCCGCUGCCUGGGCGCUGUGCCCUACACCAGCCUGGUGGCCACCCUGCUCUGCUACGCCGGCGUGGGGCUCUUCUGCGGGGCCGGCCAUGAGGCACUCACUCACACACACACCUUCAUAGAGCUCAACUUCGCAAAGGACGUCCACGACUUCACUGUGAUUGCAGACUUUAUAAAGUAUUUCCAGUAUGUGAUUUACGGUCUGGCCUCCUUCUUCUUCCUCUAUGGACUGUUGCUGCUGGCUGAAGGUUUUUACACCACCAGUGCAGUAAAGCAGACGUUCGGGGAGUUCAGGAGCACACAGUUUGGGCGCUGCAUAAGUCUCACUUUUAUAAUCCUGACGUACUUGCUCGCUCUGAUCUGGCUGAUUGUGUUCGGCUUCACGGCAGUUCCUGUGCUCUUCUUCAUUAACAUGCAAAGUUCCUGUCACAACGUCAAGGUCCUGUCAGAGACCACCGCAUUCAAUCAGCAGUCAAGAGUCUGCAUGGAUGCUCGCAUGUAUGGGUUUCUUUCCUGGAAUGCCAUGCCGGGGAUUGUUUGUGGAAAUGCGCUGGCCAACAUCUGCAAAACACCAGAGUUCUACAUGACCCAUGACCUUUACAUCUGUGCUUUCGCUGGAGCAGGAAUCACCCUUCUUGCCCUGUUCGUUUACAUGGUCGCCACCACCUACAACUACGCUAUUCUGCGGUUUCUAGGAAGAAAGGGAAUCCGUUGCUAGGUUCAGUGUUUCUUCGCCUGCUUUCCUGCUUCCUGAUGCUGCGGUUUCAGUGUCUUCACUGCGGCCGGUGAGGAAACGCAAAAGAGCUCCAUGAAGCCCCUGCAGAGUUCUAGCAUACAGAGAACAAACACAACCAAACCACUGGAUUCAUUAGAGGAAUGAACACACACAAAAACACUGAUCAAUGGAUACAAAUGAAUUCGUUAAAGCACAACACAUAAAAGCACAAACGACUGUAGUGUAGAUCUCUGGCGGAGUGGAAUCUUGCUUCUGUAUUUCUUCACUCGUCUCCUCUCGCUGUGUGUGUAUUAGACCGCUCUCAUGGCCAUUUAUUCAUUUUAAUGAUUGUAUUCAUUGUGCUUCAUGGUCAUAUUAAUGCCUUGCAGUUUGCCAGGAUUUAUCGCUUUUCUCCUCUCUCUCUCUUUUAUACACACGCACACACACAACACAUCUUUUUGAGAGAGUGUGAUUGUUGUCAGAUGUGGUUUUGCAUUGUGUGAGACACACGGAGAACUCAUUAUUUACAGACACUCUUAAUGUUAGUCCUCUUGUGUGUGAUUGUAUGUUUGUUGUAUAUUUUGACUAACUUUAGCAGUAUGCUGAACCUGAUCAAUGAUGGUGCUCGGUCAAAACAACUAAUCAUUUUUUAUUGUUCUGACUCAUUUUAGACAACUAAAAGUUAUUUCUAGAGUACUCUUGUGAAUAACUGUAUGGGAUUAAUACGAAUGUAGACUUUAAACUAAAGUGAGUUUACAUAAAAACUGUGUUGACUUCUUUGAAACUCAUGCAAUAAACUUUAAUUUCUUUUAAUGAA